ACUGAGCUUACACGUUGACAGGGUGAGAUUUCAGCUGAAGUUCUCACAAACAGUCCAACGGCAGCUUUUAUACAGCGUGGUAUCGCGUGAAUAUUUCACGAAAGACACUGAAAGGGGAAAAAGCCAGUCUAGAGAGAAACUCCACAAGACCUUGGGGAUAGCCGAACGACUAAAGUCGCUGACUAAGUGUGUCCCCGAGUGUUAAUCGCCAAAAGAAUGAGAUGACUUAGAAUGCCUCAGAAGCCGGACUAGCGUCUUGUUCCAACAGCUCGGAUCAGGAUGUCAAAUUUACCAAAACAAGUUUAAAGAGAUUUAUUGAUCAGGCUCUGUCGCUGUGCCACGUUCGUGAUGGGCCUUUUUCAACACACGGAUGCUACCUCCUUGAUUUUAAUUCUCACUGUUCAGCUGCUUGCCACACAAAGAUCUGAGGCAUACGUUUGCAGAGAACAAAGGUUCGGUUACUUUAACAGCACCGAAUUUCACCAACAUGCUUUCUACUGGUGCCUGCUUUACAUCAAUCAGCUUAGAAUUCAAGACAAUUACAUUGACACUGUGAAUGUGGGCAUUGGACUAAACCACACCGUCGAAUCAACAGAUCUUUCUGACGACAACUUUUGGACAGACCUUUGUGGAAAACUGCACAUACACCAUUUCCCAAGAUUUGGAAACGUAGACGAACUUUGCGAUAGAUGGCGCAGGUGUACGAAGCAAGCAAUCGCGUGCUGUGACGAGCAAGGAAAACGGCACCAAACGCACGCGAAAAACCGUUGCCCAGCAACCUGGGAUGGCUAUGGCUGCUGGAAUGAGGUGGAGGCGGGAAGCCGUGCCGAGAUCUUCUGUCCUACCUUCGAGCCGGAUUUCAUUGCUUAUAGUCGUGCAGUGCGGGAAUGCACGCACAGUGGCACGUGGUUCCGCAAGGAGAACAAGGAGUGGAACAUCUCCUAUGAGUGGACAGAUUAUCGGGAUUGCACGGACAAGAAGGUUUACCUGAUCAAUGUGUACAUAUCGGUAGGAUGUAACGCCCUCAGUAUUAUACUGUUGUUGCCAGCUGUGAUGAUAUUUAUGUCCGUCCCAAGACUGCGGAAGGAGGAGCGCAUUCGGGUCCACACCAACUUCUUCGUGGCACUCCUGCUGUGUAGCACCGUGAACAUAUUGGUACAGAUGCUCCUUACCCACGAUUACCUGAGCAAGGAGAAUAACUCUAAUACUCGAAUGGAGGAAAAUUCGGUCGGCUGUCGCAUUCUUUGGGCCGCACAACUCUACUUCUCCAGCACCACUUUUGCCUGGAUGUUCUGUGAAGGCUACUACCUCCACACGCUGAUAUCACACGCCCUGUCGCCGCAUAUCAACGUGCAGUGGCUUUACAUAGGAGGCUGGGUUGUUCCUGUGCUACCGACCCUUGCCUACUCCAUAGUGCGUAUCCUCAUGAACAAUGAACAGUGCUGGGCUCUAAGCUAUGGCAUGACAAACUGGAUUACCGAUGCCCCAAACUUAUUCUGCAUAGUGGCAAACAUAUAUUUCCUAGUCAGUAUAGCGAGGUCAAUAAAGCGACUGCGUGAACAUCCACAAGAAGAAUCAGCAAGAUCAAAGCGUAUAUGCAGAGCAGUAGUGAUACUGUUCCUACUGUUUGGCCUACAGUGGAUCAUACAGAUCGCCAGAUUACCGAAAGGAACUCGUGGGGAAGCGGAAUAUAACGUAUUCGCCACCACUGUCCGAAACUCGCAGGGCUUUCUCGUAGCUGUGAUAUUCUGCUUCUGUAACAGCGAAGUCCAGGCAUCGGUUCGGGACUCCCAGUUCUGGAGAACUCUACGACGUCUGAGUCGCGAAUCACGCCACAGCGUUCUGACUCAGAUGUCAAAUCUUUCCGGCAGGUCCAGCACCACCGCCAGAGGGCAGUCCGUAAAUUCCGAGACAGCACGAGACAAUUCGUUACAAUCCCAAGGACUCAAAAUGGGGUGUUUUCCGGCAGAGUUUAGAGACGAACAGACUCGUCGCAAGGAAUUAGCUGGACAAGAAGACAGCGAGGAUGAAUACCAAGACGCCCUUCCUGAAAUCAUAGAUAACGGGGAGGAGAGGGCGGUUCCAGGAGACCAGAAUUGUGCCGGCAGGACCGUACAGCAGAGAAUUGCACACUUUCUGGGCAAAUACUUGUCGACUUUUGGUGUAUUUGUCUUCGCAGUAGGCAGCCUCAUCUUAGCCAGUCUUUCUGUUGCGGAACAAGCAGUAUGUAUGCACGUUUAUCUGAACCUGAGUGUUGGCGAUUAUAGUUUCAUUACUGCGGCACGAAUACAGCAAGAUCUCAGGAAAUGGACUAUCGUGUAUGAGAUGACCAAGAACGAAACCAGGGAGUGUUUCAACAAUACGACGCCAAUGAACCAAGCCAUGAAUUCGAACGUUCGCCCCAUGUUGUUUCCAUUUACACUUGAAUUCACCCUUCUUGCCACUAGAAUGCUGUUGGAUCUAUGGCACAGCAGUGAGGCCAACACUACUGGUGCCCGUGGACCGGCCGCGGGCGACUUGCAUAGCACUGGUCGUUCUAGUGACGAUUCCGGUUCAAUUGGUAGCGCAGGGCAACAGUCCAUCAAUGAUGAACGGCAAGCGGCUAGUGUUGACCAUCAUGACCAGGAUGAGUUUAGAGACGAACAGACUCGUCGCAAGGAAUUAGCUGUACAAGAAGACAGCGAGGAUGAAUACCAAGACGCCCUUCCUGAAAUCAUAGAUAACGGGGAGGAGAGGGCGGUUCCAG